AACAAUAUUUUUAAUUUUAAUAGGAACGGUGAUAUGUCCAUCUUAAAGUGAGUUAUUAAAAUUCGACCUAUUAAAUUCUCUACUUUUCUCUAUUUUUUAAAACUUAUGAUGUGGAAUUUAAUAAUAAUUAAAAACAUAAGAACCUACUAAGUAUGUACGAAGAACAAUAACAACGGCUUGGUUGUAUCAAUGGUGUCAAAGAUUAUAAUUGAUUAUGUCUUGUCAAAUUGAACAAAUUGCUGACUGUGGUGAUUUAUCUAGUUUAGCACGAGCACUGUUUUUAAGCAGUAAUGAAGAACAAAAUUGGUUGUCUCAAUGUUGUGUUUCCCUAUCAUCUUGUGGUAACUUGCUUGCUGUUGGCUAUCGCAAUCGUCUUUGUAUACUCACCACACAAUGGAUUACUUCGACACAAAGCAAUACUUUUUUGAUAUCUUGGAGUGGAACUUUACCUGCAGAUAUAUCAGCAGUAUUGGUAUUGCCAAUUUGCCCAUCUCAUCAUUCUUUCCAGAAUGGCCCGGACUGGUUUUGCAUUGUAGUUGGAUUCAAAAACGGAAACAUUGCUUUCCAUACAAAUACAGGCCAUUUAUUAUUAUCUGAAAAAAUUGAUGAAAAACCAGUAUUGAAAAUAUCUUGUCAUACUGGAACAUAUGGCACAUUACCUGAUGAUGUUCAUGUAUUGUUUCAUACUUGUGAAUGUAUUAUAUCAGGAGCAACACUAUUUCCAACACUGCGAAACGCAAAGGCACAAUUAGCAAAAGUGCAAGCUGGUAUUCAAGACUAUUAUAGUGUGGAUAAUCGUAGCAUUAGCAUAAAGAAAUGGUUGUAUACUGAACAAGAAGUUGUAAAUGAUGCUGCAGUUGUGGGAUUAGAAUUAAAAAAUGCCUACGAUCAUUUACUAGCAGCUUCAACAUAUGGUGGUUAUGAUGUAUGGUACCGUUCAGUCCCUCCAGUAAAUACGUUAAUAUUAGGAGCUGGGCAGAAACCAUAUAUAGGUUUCCAUUAUGCUCUGGAGGGUGGCACUGCGCCCCCUUUACAAGAUGUAGCCAGAGCUGUUGCACAUAAAAUCAAAUCUGCUCUACCAGGCUGGCUAGGCGGGGCCUCGACAGAGGGCAGUGUGAGCGCGGCCGAGCCACGGAUACGUUCGGAGCCCCUGUCCCUGCGCAGCGGCCUGCACGACGCGCAGAGGCACGGCACCUCCGUCAUCGUCUCGCCGGACCGCCGCCUGGCUGCGGUCGUCGACAGCUUCGGCCGCGUCGCCGUACUGGACGUUAACAGAGGACAUCUAAUUAGACUAAUAAAAGGUUGCAGAGAUGCACAGUGUGCAUUCGUCCAAAUUUUUGAAUUAGAUAACAAGAAACCUCAAUUAUCUUUUGUUAAAGAAAUAAGAAGGGCAAUUUUUUUAAUUAUCUAUAAUCCCAAGAAAGGAUUAAUUGAUAUUCGUCUAAUGCAAAGAGGGAACAGAGUAGCCGUUUUUACGGCUACGAAAAACGGCCAACUUUUAUACAAUACUUGUGGUCUAGUUGGAGCUGAUAAAAAUUAUACCCAGAAAAAACUAAAUUUACCAGAAUUUCAGUGUGUUUUACUAGAUCCAGAUGGAAAGCUCAAAAAAUUCAGUAUUCCAUUUUUUUACGCAUUAGAUGGUGUACAUUCCGAAAGAUCGAAAGAUUUGAACACUUUGAAAGAAUUACGUGAUCUCAUUAAAAACAAUACAAGUAACUCUGAAGAUUAUGAGCAAAAGCUACUUAGUAAAGUAUGCGAAAUUAAAACAUUAGAAUUAAAGAAACAUUUUCUAGAAAUGCUCAUUAGAAAUUAUGACACGUCUCCAACAAUUAUAAUCUCAUGUUUGCAAAUAUUCUGGGAUAGCACAAAAGAGGAAUCCGUGAGCAGUCAGCAACGUGAAACUCAACACUAUUUUGCCAAUCUAGGUUUGCUUACUAUAUUUUAUAUGUGCAUAAAUGACGAUUGUGAAAGAGAUGAAAUAGAAUUUGCAAUGGAAUUGCGUAAUUUCCUUGGCUUAGAGGUAAAUGAAAGUUGUCUCGAAAAAACAAUAGACGACCAGAAUGAAGACAACAGUUUAUUUCAUCUACUAGAGGAUGACAGUUGUAUUUUGGAAAGAUUACUGGUAUUAGCACACGAAAACAAUUAUAAACACCACGCACGGGUAACUUUUGCCGAUACAAGUAUGACUACGUAUAAAAAAUUCAUUUCCUGUUUUAAUUUAGAAGAAAAAUCUAAAUAUAUAUCCUUAAAGGCCAACGCUUCGGUGGACAAGCUAAAUAACUUAGCCACAAUAACGUUCACGUCAAUAUUCAAAUUAAAAAACUUUUCAAUGUUGGCAAGCUAUGUCAACAAAUGCAAUAUCGACCCGAAAGAGAUUGUGAAGCUUUUAAUAACACAUUUCAUGAGUAUGUCUUUGGAAGAGAUAACCAUUGACUUAGUCGAAAAAUGGACAAUGGCCGUAUACCACGUGUGUACGGUCACAAAAGACGCUACUAAUAUUAUUUAUAAUGAAAUUUCUCAUUGGUGGGAAGACAUCCGGAACGUUUUGGUUGAAAUGCCUUGUCCCUUACGAAGCAUGAUAGUUGCAAUGGCUUGUAAAGUAAUCAGUAGGAUUUUGGAAAGUAACAAUGCUGAAAGCGACGAUGUGUGGGAAUCUGUGACCAAAGAAAACGCUAAAUGGGGUAUUUUAAUUGGAAAACUUGAAGAUAUUUCUAUACUCAGUAUCGUAUUAAUGUGUAAAGACACAUUUAAUGGCAAUUCUCUUCCUUCCCUGGAAAUGGAUGAUUUCAAUAUCAACCUAAAAUACAUUUAUACAAGGGGAAAGGGAUCAAUUACUGAACUGAUUGCCAAGUGGCUAUGCAGCAUGGGAGCGACUCCUGCGGCGAUAGUGGCCAACGAGCUAAUGGAAACGAUAGCAGCUAAUCCUGAACUAACUGAUGAGGACGACAAUGAUGACAACACCACCGAUCUCCUGUUUGUUGAAAAUAAUCGUUAUGCCGUUGACGAAAAUGCAAGAAUAUUUAAAUGGCUCUCGCUUCUGCGCCGUCAAUUCCCUCUCAGUACGUCCGCAAAUUAUAUAAUAACCAAUAUGUGUUGGGAAUACGCAAUGGCAUGGCAGAAAUGUAUGAAGAAUACAUUGCUUCUUGAUGCUGUUAUUCACUGUCUUUCUAGUAUAUCUGACAUUCAUAUACGGUUAGGGUUGUUUUCAAUUAUUUGGGCAACCUACAUCAAACAAAUAUUUGAAAUUAGUUGCCGUUUAGUUAACAAAGUCGGACGUUUGCCAAAAGACCCUCUUUGCUUACAAGAUAUCAGUUUCGACAAUACAACCUUAAUCAACUUCUUCCGCUUAACAACAUUGUACUUGAAUGAUUUUCAAAAUUGUUUGAAACUGUCAUACAGUCAUAAUAAAAAGAAGGUGGAAUUUGAAAAGAUUUGGGAAGAAAGUAUGCCUUCUUUAGUUGAAGUAACACAACACACAAAGAAUGUAAACGAUUGUAUAUUAACUUUAAAUUACCAAGUAUCUUGCACUCUGUACUAUCAAUGUCACUUCAAUAUCAAAUUGUCGAAACCCCUCGAUGUAUUGUUCGACAUCGACUAUCAUUAUAUUCUGGAAGCACUUACUGGUAAUGUUGUGAAUAGAGAAAUUAAUAUGAAACCGUCUGAAAAACUCCGGAAUCCACGAAUGAAGUUUCUAACCAAACUUAUAAGAGCAUCUGUAGAAACUAUAAGUUGUUCUGAUGGUCACGAAUCAUACAGAACAUAUGAUAGUGGUGACUGUCAAAUGUGGAUUGAAAAAAUUUCCAUUCUAGCGAACCUGUGGAGCAUAGACGACGAAUUCAUAAAGAGGCAGCAGGUAAUCGCUUUAUAUCACGUGGGCUACGAUACACUAGCAGAAAAUACAAUGAACUCGAUCCGUAAUCCUGUGCCAGUGCUUGCCCCAAUUUUGGCUAUUACGAUCCAACGUCUUAAACGAAGCCUAGAACAUUCUAAUAAUCAAGCCGAAUGGAUUGUCAGUAUUCCACCACAACUCUACAAACGUUUGCAAAAUACUGUCCUGGACACAUCAAUUCCAGCACAUCCGUCACUGUCCACCACAGUAUUAGUACUUCAAAAGUUGCUGUUUCAAUUAAACAAAAAAUCUCCUGAUCCGGCUCAUCUUCAGGAUAUAAAAUUAAUAGAGCUGAUUAUAGAAAACUGUGAAAUUAUUAUUAGACGAAAAUUGUAAAAAAUUCUGGAUUAAAUAAAAUAAGCAAAAAAUAUUUACCCAAACCAAUCAGACAUCUUAUAAAAUAUAAUGUUGAAUUUUCGAUUAAAUUGUAAAUAUAGGAUAAAUUUAGGAUGCAUGUACAUGUACAUAUAUUCAACAGAUUUUUUGCAUUUAAUUAAUUAUUCUCAUAAAUCGAAAUAAAAUUCGAAUAAAAUGGAGCACU